ACUGCAGAGGCGCACCGUGCCAGAGCCAGGAUCACUGCAGGAUCUCUCGCUCUGUGAGCGCAGCAACAGCCGCGGGAGUGAGUGCCUUUUCUGCUCACACUUUCUGCGUCCGAGUCUGCAGACGGAGUUGGCGCACAGAGACAUGACACGCACAUAGAGAGACGGGUCCGUGAUCGGUAACGCAGGUGGAUCGCAGUUUUACUCCCGUGAAGAUGACUAGAGGCUUGAGGCGCCUGCGACAGCCUGCCUGGGUUGUGAUUUGGCUCGUACUGUACGCCACCAUACAACUAUCCGACUCUGCGGCUUGCAAUGGAUGUGGGGGCUCCAAGUGUGACUGCAGUGGAGUGAAAGGAGAAAAGGGGGAGAGGGGUUUCCCAGGUCUUACCGGACAGCCAGGGGUCCCAGGGUUCCCCGGACCUGAGGGACCAAUCGGAACUAGAGGAGAGAAGGGAAGUGAUGGACCUUCAGGACCAUCUGGUCCAAAAGGAAUAAGAGGACCGCCCGGAUUGCCUGGAUUUCCAGGAACGCCAGGACUUCCAGGUCUGCCAGGACAGGACGGAGCCCCGGGCCCGAGGGGAGUGCCCGGUUGUAAUGGGACAAAGGGUGAACCUGGUUUUCCAGGAAGUUCAGGAAUACCUGGAAGACAAGGACUUCCAGGUCCACCUGGUCUCCCAGGAGAAAAGGGAGACCGUGGAGAUGUGUUUUUCACCAACAAUUUUGGACAAAGAGGAACAGACGGUUUGCCCGGAUUGCCAGGAUCUCCGGGCAGUCCUGGACCCAUAGGUUUUCCAGGCCCGACUGGCCCUCCAGGACUCCAAGGCUACCAGGGUCUUCCAGGUCCUCCAGGUCCUCCUGGACCUAAGGGAAACAUGGGUUUGAACUUUGAAGGACCCAAAGGAGACAAGGGUGAUCAAGGGUUGCCGGGUCCUCCCGGCCCUCCUGGACCAGGUCAGGGGGAACAGAUCAGACCACCACCAACAGAGAUCCAGAGAGGGGACAAGGGUGACCCUGGCCCUCCAGGUGCACCAGGUGACCCAGGCAACCCAGGUCCACCUGGUCCCUAUGGUGGCCAGAAGGGAGAGAAAGGAGAACCAGGAGAAGCAGGAAAACGAGGAAAACCCGGCAAAGACGGAGACCCAGGAGCUGCAGGAUACCCAGGACUCAAAGGAGAGUCUGGAAAUCCAGGUCUCCCAGGCCGAGAUGGAGAGAGAGGACAAAAAGGCGACCGAGGAUUUCCGGGACCUCCAGGACCGGUAAUUCGGCCUGGGAAUGCAGCUGUUGUUGGUCAGAAAGGUGAACCCGGUGUUCCUGGAACUCCUGGAGCUAAAGGAGAUAGAGGACCACAAGGUUUCUCAGGGCCUCCAGGAUCACCAGGAGUUCCAGGCAUAGGCGGCAGCGGUCCUCCAGGUUCUCCAGGUUUCCCUGGAGACAGAGGUCAGAAGGGAGAGCCCGGCACUCCUUCGGUUGCCUUGCCCGGUCCCCCAGGACGUCCGGGAAGUCCCGGAAUUCCUGGUCCUCAAGGGCCGCCUGGACCUCCCGGCUAUAGCUCACCGAUCGAUAACUGCCUUCCUGGAGAUCCUGGGCUUCCUGGAGUCCAAGGUGCAAAAGGUUUCCCUGGAGAGCAAGGCCAGAAAGGUCAGAAGGGAGAAACCUGUGUGAACUGUAUUGACGGAGGCAAUCCUGUACCUGGGCCCCCAGGGCCUCCAGGACCGCCAGGCUUCCCAGGCAUUCCUGGCCCGCAAGGUUUCAAGGGAGACCUAGGUUUUUCAGGAACACCAGGCCUUGGUGGACCCCCUGGUAUUCCUGGUCCUAUAGGUGCUCCAGGUUUCCCCGGAGAGAAAGGAGAGCCAGGAGAUACCUUCGGAGGUGGUGGUGUGAAAGGAGAGAAGGGUGACAGUGGUUUCCCUGGACCACCCGGUCUGCCUGGCCUGGAUGGUCGGCCCGGUCGUGACGGAGCGCCUGGGCCUCCUGGCUCCAGGGGAGCUCCUGGGUCUCAGCAGUUAAAAGGAGACCGAGGUCCCCCUGGUGACACAGGUCCGGCCGGCAUCCCAGGAGACAGAGGUCCGCCAGGCAGCCCUGGUUAUGGAAUCCCGGGUGCGCCAGGGGAGAAAGGUGUUCAAGGCAGCUCAGGAGGACCUGGCAUUCCCGGAGAACAAGGUCGAAAAGGCGAACCGGGUCUGACGGUCGGAGAGAAGGGUCAGCCAGGACCCAAAGGGAUGGAUGGCAGCCCAGGGUUGCCCGGUCCACAAGGUCAGCCAGGUACGGAUGGACAGCCUGGUUUAACAGGUUUGCCUGGACCAAAGGGUGAACCGGGACAAGCGGGCAUCGGCCUUCCAGGCCCUCCUGGAAUUAAGGGAUACCCGGGUAUUCCGGGCCAGCCGGGAGCACCUGGAAAAGUAGGGAGACUGGGAAUAGAUGGACUCCCCGGGCCACCAGGGUUUCCUGGACCAAAGGGUGAGGCAGGCUUUGGACUUCCUGGUCCACCAGGUACACCUGGAGGAAAAGGAGCUAAUGGAUUCCCUGGACAAAAGGGAGAUCCUGGUUUCCCCGGCACCCCAGGUGGACCAGGGCGACCUGGGUUUGAUGGCGGACCAGGACUUAAAGGGGAGCCCGGCUCACCAGGCCAACCUGGACCUCGUGGGCCCCCUGGAAGCUCAAUAGGUGGUGUACCAGGUGCUCCAGGCCUUCCUGGUCCCCCAGGGCCAAUGGGACCACCAGGAUACCCAGGAGGAAGUGGAGAGAAAGGAGACCCAGGUCCACCAGGCUCAGACAUCCCUGGGUCCCCAGGUGACAGAGGGAAUCCUGGUUUUCCUGGCCCCCCUGGACCAAUAGGAAUCCCAGGACCCCCUGGAGGACCUGGAAGGGACGGCACACCUGGAUUUCCAGGUCCGAAAGGUGACAUGGGUCCAAUGGGACCUCCAGGACCAUCAGGGGGACCUGGCUCUCCGGGAGGACCUGGUGCACCAGGCCUAAAAGGUGAGCCAGGAUUUCCAGGCAGUAACGGCAUCCCAGGUGGACCUGGUUCUAAAGGAGAAAAGGGAGACCAAGGCUCCCCGGGAUUCCCAGGACCCAGCUCACCAGUAGAUAUAACAGGGGCUAAAGGAGAUCCUGGAACUCCAGGAUUACCAGGCCUUCCUGGACCCAAAGGCAUCGCAGGUAUAGCUGGUAACCCUGGAUUGCCUGGACAAGAUGGACGCCCUGGCAUUCCUGGACCGCCAGGGCUUAAGGGAGAACCUGGUUUUCCAGGGAGUCCUGGUGGUCCUGGAUCUCCAGGUCAAAAAGGCGCAAUGGGAGAUAUGGGAAUUCCAGGACCUCUGGGGUUAAAAGGCACACCAGGUCUUCAAGGUCGGCCAGGAACCCCAGGUCAGCCAGGAGUACCUGGCCUCCAAGGACCAAAAGGUGACCCAGGUUCUGCUGGCGUUGGACCACCCGGACCACAGGGACAAAAGGGAGAUCCAGGUCAGCCCGGAUUCCCAGGAGGUCCUGGAGCUAAAGGAGGUCCGGGAACACCUGGCCUUCCUGGUUUACCAGGGCUACCGGGGGCUAAAGGAGAUGUAGGCCUUGCAGGAUUCCAAGGUCCUCCUGGUAUCCCCGGUCCAAAGGGUCUUGAUGGUGGGCCUGGUGCCCCUGGUCUCUCAGGAGCUCCAGGCAGACCAGGAGAGUCUGGUCGACCAGGGCCACCAGGACAGGUUGGGGAGAAGGGUCAGCCGGGAAGAGAUGGGAUCCCAGGACCAGCCGGUAUCAAAGGAGAACCAGGAAUUUCUGGCUUUGGCGUUCCAGGUCCUCCUGGGAUUCCAGGGUCGCCAGGUGACAAAGGAGACCCAGGCCUUCCUGGUCCUACUGGAGGCCCAGGAUUUUCCGGCCCAAAAGGGGACAGCGGCUUUCCAGGUCCCCCAGGUCGUCCAGGUGUCAGUGGCCCUCCAGGUCCUCCGGGACUGCCAUUCCAGGGCCCUAAAGGAAAUCAAGGACCCCCUGGACCACCUGGAAGAGCAGGUGUGCCUGGGCCAGAGGGUCCCCGCGGUCUCCCAGGAAGUGGCGGCGUUAAGGGAGACAAGGGGAACCCCGGAAAUCCGGGUCUGCCCGGCCAGUCUGGUCAAAAAGGAGAUCCCGGUUUUCCGGGAGCACCGGGCCCCUCUGGUGGUCCUGGUGGCCCUGGUCAAAAGGGAAAUAUAGGAUUUCCAGGCGUUUCCGGGUUCCCAGGACCAAAGGGAGACCCAGGACUUCCUGGUCCCAGUGGACUUCCUGGAGAUCCUGGGGGCGACGGAGCACCUGGCCCUCCUGGAGAUCCUGCGCCUUCACGACCUGUUGCUUAUACGAAAGGAGAUCCAGGACUUCCGGGUCCACAAGGAAGCCCGGGUGCUACAGGCCCACCCGGUCCGUCUGGAGCCCCUGGAUCCUCAGGUCUACCAGGCCCCUCUGGAGAUCCCGGUACACCUGGUCCCCCAGGCUUCAACGGCCCACCGGGCAGGAAGGGAGACACUGGACCCUCAGGGCAACCUGGCCAAAAGGGCAACCCUGGCCCACCUGGGUCAGAUGGUCCACAGGGUCCGCCGGGUCUUCAGGGCUCAGGGUCAGCAGCCCACGGCUUCCUCCUCACCCGACACAGCCAGAGUGAAACAACGCCAGAGUGUCCUUUCGGAACCAACUUCAUCUACGACGGAUAUUCCCUGUUGUACGUGCAAGGCAACGAGAGGGCUCACGGGCAGGACCUCGGCACCGCCGGCAGCUGUCUGCGCCGGUUCAGUCCCAUGCCUUUCAUGUUCUGCAACAUCAACAACGUCUGCAACUUCGCUGCCCGUAACGACUACUCCUACUGGCUGUCAACUUUGGAGCCCAUGCCUCUGUCCAUGGAGGCUGUGACUGGAGAGAGCAUCAAGCCUUACAUCAGCAGGUGUUCUGUGUGUGAAGCUCCAGCCAUGGUGAUUGCGGUCCACAGCCAGACCAUCCAGAUUCCCUCAUGCCCCGCAAACUGGAGAUCCCUGUGGAUCGGAUUCUCCUUCAUGAUGCACACUAGCGCAGGGGCCGAGGGCUCCGGUCAGGCCCUGGCCUCCCCCGGCUCCUGCCUGGAGGACUUCCGCAGCACGCCCUUCAUCGAGUGCCACGGCAGAGGGUCGUGUAACUACUUCAGCAACUCCUACAGCUUCUGGCUGGCUACUGUGGAGAAACUUGACAUGUUCAAGAAACCCCAGUCAGAGACGUUAAAGGCAGGUAACCUGCUCACACGUGUUAGCCGCUGUGUGGUUUGCAUGAAGGCAACGUAAUGCCACGAGGCAAGCGAGCGCUACCGGCGGCGGCGGCGGCGGAGGAGGAGGACGCCCGGUCCACAACGAGACGCAUUUGGAUGAACAAGCCGGGGGUCCGGUGAACUGCGGUGGAUUUCCAAUGGUGCAUUGACUUCCGGGGAAAAAGAAAAGAAAAAAAAAAAAAAUACAGAAAAUCAGAAAAUAUUGAAACAAUGGUGCUACUGUGCAACACAGCUUAUACGAGUUUUAAAAAAAAAACAAAAAAAAAACUGACAAAUAUUCUUACAUUUAGUGUUUGUUUUUCUUAAGAAGUACCUCAAAAUGAAACAAAUAACCGCUUGAUGGUGCCAUGAUGGAUGUAUGACAACAAAAGUGAAUUUUUUUUUCAGCCUUUUUUUCCCCCCUAUUUAAGGACUACUUUUUUUUUUUUCCUUUCUUCGAAACAUCUAUUUUUUCUACUCUUUUUUUUUAUUUUAUUUUUUUAUUAUUAUUGGCCUUACUGAUGGUCUCCAACGGUUACCAAAUCAGCACUUUGACUUUCCAACAUCCAGGAUGAGAGAUGCACUGAUGAGCUUUGCUUCACUGAGACCGACUGUCUUUUUCUCUUAAAAAAAAAAAACAAAACAAAAAAAAACAAAACAGAAACGUCUUUCGUCACUACCUGUCAUUUACAUCCCAUUUCAUGAAACUAACCCUGCUGUAUCCCACCUGCUAACCACCAGCCUACACUUUAGUCCUCUUCCUUUUUAUUUUUGUAAGUAACAAAAUGUGUAUAUUCUGUAAAACACCUUUUUUUUUUUUUUUUUUAUCAAAUUAGGCCUGAAGCUGUACCAGCUGUUUGUUGCGACAAUUUUCCGGGUUGUUUUUUUUUUUCUUUCUUUCUCACACACACACACACACACAACUUUUACUUUUAUUGCUCACUCAGAUAUUGUACAAAGUAAGGCUUUUAUGAAUGGAACAGUAUUUUAUAUAUAAUAAAUUUAUAUUUGAGAAAAGAAACAUACAAAUAUCCAUUUUUAUUUUAUUUUUAUUUUUUUUUGGCUGUGGGGAAUUUUACGCCUGUUUUGACCUCAGAACUGCCAAAAAAUAAAAAAAACAACAACAACAAAGCACAUUACUCAACAGAGCCAUUUCUCACACCAUGUACCAGUUUCUUUGAAUCCUUAUCAAAUCCCAAUCACUUAUUAAUUUGUCAAAUGGAUAACUGUUGGUUCGAUUAAUGGUGUUGCUUCUAGUGUAAUGUCACAAAUUAUUUGUGCAAAUGCCAUUUAAUUAAAAUUGUGACUAGUGAAUUA